AUGUACGCGUCCAAGUUCAGCUUCAAAGGUGCCCAAGCGCGGUUCAACCUGUUGCUGCUUGAAGACGGCGAGUUCUUCCUCGAUGAUUUUAGUGUCUAUCGGUUCCUGGAACCUCAGCCCGAUACACACCGGAAGGUGCAAGGACGACUAAAGUUGUGCACGCGCGGCUUUUUUUUCGAGCCGCAGGACACGAAUUUACCAAUUUUGAGAUUUUUCUUCCGUGAUAUGGAGGAAAUGCCCGUGGCAGAGCUGCACGACCAUCCAGAAGCUGAGGACUGUGCCAUUUUUCUAGCGUUCAAGGUGUCGUCGGUGCUGCAAAUGAAGGAGCGGGGAGUGGACCACCCGUACGUGCAAAAAGAGACGGGGACAAGUGCUGGGGUCCCCGAGAAGUACAUUUUCUCGCUGCUGCAUUCCACGAUUAAGGAGCUGUUGAAAAACGUGCUACCGAUUUGGGAACUUGCCCACAAGGAUAGUGUGAUGAACAAGGUGGACGAAGAAGCGCUGCUCGAGCCAGUUUUACGGCCGCGACAGACUGACCAGUUCGAUUCGAGUUUGUUGGUCGAUUUCCGAGAACGACCGCUGCAAACUGAGGGAAAAUUAGUGGACCGCAUCGUGCCGUUGCUCAAGUACCCAGGUUGUCUGAUGCUGACGAACCAGCGACUGUACUUCCAGCCGGCACAAGUGAACAAUGUGGGCGACCCGGUGCUCAAUUGGGCGUACAGUACGAUCGAGUACUUGUACAAGCGACGACAUAUGCUCAAGCAAACAGGUUUGGAAAUUUUUUUGCAAAAUGGUGAAAGCUCCUUCUUUAGCUUCCGGAAUCAUCACGAUCGCGAUGACGUUUAUAAUAUGAUGGUGAGCCAGCCGGACCUGAAACACCUGCAGCAGGCAGAGUUGGAAUCGAUGCUGCGGAAGUGGCAGCAGCGCGAGGUAUCGAAUUACGACUACUUGUUGUAUUUGAAUAACGCUGCUGGGCGUACGAAGAACGACCUCACGCAGUAUCCCGUGUUUCCGUGGGUAUUAAGCGACUACGAGAGCUCGUCAAUCGACUUGUCCGACCCAGCUAUAUAUCGCGAUCUCUCGAAGCCUGUCGGUGCGCUGAACAAAGAACGUCUGGAGUUUUACAAAGCCCGGUUCGAGGCAAUGCCGCGCGGUAUGGAAGAUGAGGGACUGCCUCCGCCGUUUUUGUAUGGAACACAUUAUUCCACUCCCGGAUACGUGUUGUAUUACUUUGUGCGCAUGGCUCCUGAGUACAUGCUCUGUCUCCAAAAUGGCAAGUUUGACGCGCCCGACCGGCUGUUCCAGAGCAUUGCCAGUACGUGGAGCAGUUGUAACACGAAUCAUGCUGACUUGAAGGAGCUCGUCCCAGCCUUCUUUGACGACUCAGUGCCGCCGACGGAAUGGCUUUGCAAUGGAAAAAAUCUUGAUCUUGGAACUACGCAAAAGUUGACGCGGGUUGGAGACGUCGAUCUUCCUGCGUGGGCAUCUAGCCCAUCUGAAUUCAUCCGUAUAAACCGAGAAGCUCUAGAAAGCGAAUACGUUUCGGAUCAUCUUCAUGAAUGGAUAGAUUUGAUCUUCGGUUAUAAACAACGAGGAGAUGCAGCCGUUGAAGCAAACAACUUAUUUUACUACCUGUCAUAUGAAGGCUCGGUAGAUCUGGAGACAAUCACCGAUCCUGUGGAUAAAUGCUCAUUUGAAGCGCAGAUUCAGGAGUUCGGACAGACACCGAAACUUCUGUUUGCUGGGUCUCAUCCUUCACGUAACGAUGUUGGCAAAGUUGUGAAAAUUGCGACGCUAGACCCGGUGCCACCUUUGCGAAAAGUUGACGAAUCUGCUGACAAGAGCAACGCUUUGUCAUCUACCAGUGAAAUCGAUAAAUGUCGUAGAGAAGACGUUGAAGCCGACCAAAUCGACGAAAGCGAAGAAGGAGAAAACGCAAUGGCGGGGAACCGACGCAGUAUGUUUGCGUUCCGAUCCCGCUCAUUUGGCACUGUACCGAAGCAGGCGCAACGGUUUGUAGGAGGGAUUACAGCGCAGAUUCGGCGCCGAAUAAGUAUCGAGUCGCCCAAGCGCUGGAAUUGGACAUUCGGUACCGGAGGCGAUAGUUCGUCAUGGGUGCCGUCGGCACAUUACAUGCUUCAUGCCGGCGAGGUCACUUCUCUGGUCCUCGGAAAAGAUGGACGGGCUCUUUUCUCCACGUCCAAGGAUUCGACGUUCAAAGUAUCUGCAAUCCUGGAUGGCACGUUGCGGCGUAACCUGUCUUGUAAUUUGGCCUUAUCAUGCUGUGAUGUAGCGCCCGACGAAAAGUAUGUCUUUGUUGGAUCGUGGGACAGCUGCAUAUACAUGUAUUACAUGGACGUCGGACGUGUCGUCGACCAGGUUACAGCACAUGAUGACGGUGUGUCGGCUAUUUGCGUGUUUGAAGACCGCUUGAUUUCGAGUUCUUGGGACGGCUCGAUCAAGAUGUGGCACUAUACGCCAAAAGGAAUCGCAGCCACCCCUUUGUCGACGUUUCUGGGGUGCGAGGACUCGGUAGUGUGUCUGUGCGUCAGCAUAAAUGGGUGCACGGGAGCUGCUGCAACGAGGAAUGGGAUCGUGUAUCUUCUUGACCUGCGCACGUGCGAGCUCAUGCGCAAAUUCCCCGCGAGUACAACACAGCGCACAGAGAUUUGCGGGUUGACAUUUUGUGGCGGGGGACCUACGCUUGCGUGCAUAAGCGUAUCAAAUGAGCUCUCCAUGUUCCAAAUGGAUGGCACGCGAAUAGUGACCAUCAACGUGAACUCUGAUGGGCCUAUCCGGUGCUUUGACUCUGACGGAGAAUACGCAGUCGGGGGGACGUCUACAGGCACGCUACUCUUCUGGAAACUUGACGAACCAACUGGCCAGGAACAGGUGUUAGAAAUUCCGGAUGCACACACUCACGGCGUGUCAGCACUGGCCGUCAGUGCAAACGCGUCUACAAUUGUCUCUGCAUCUGGUGACGGAGGGAUCCGAAUUUGGCAACUGCGUCGGAAAGCUGCUUCUCGUGGCCGUCUCACAGCCUUCUUCUAA